CUGGGGUGCAGGGUCCAUGGCUAGUCGAUGGGGUAGGGGUUUUGUCCAGCUCAGAGCAAGGGGAAGCCCUCUCUGCGUCUGCGUGGUGGUGGCAGAAACGUGGUGGCAGCCAGGGAGGCAGGAUGGUCUUAGGGUCAUGAGCUGCCGCCAGCAGGCCUGGCAGGGUGUCUAAGACAUAGGCUAGCAGGGAAAUUGCAGUUCUCCAGUCACUGCAGGACUUUGGUGGAAAACACUUUGCGGAUUUAUGGCGAUUCCGAAUUUGAAGACCAAUUUCUGCCAGGCUCAGCACAACUUCCCUGACAAGUGACCUUGGGGGUGAGCUCUAUGUGAGGUAUUCACCUGUGCCUCGAAGACUCUGGACACCGAGACUAUCCUCAAAAAUAACUGCAAGCAUACUUCCUUUAACGACUCUGGUAAAAUCAAGCAUCAAGUAAACGAAGGUAGAAGACAGCUACUACUGUUGUCUCUCUUGCUUCUAAAUGUGGGCCCAGUGGGUAAAUUCGGUAUGUAGCUGGAUGGUUUUGAAAUCUGCGGGCACUGAGGUCCAGGCUGAAUUCGAGCAAAUGUUAAAUAGCUUUCUGCCUAUCUUGGAGAAGCUUCAUAGUGAGUAAACAAGCAGAACAAAGAAAAUUAAAAAAAACAAUAGACCUUGGUUGAGCUUAAUGUUCUCAUUUUUCCUUCAGGCAGGCACACACACACACACACACACACUGAUUUGCCAUAAUGAAUCAUGUAGCCCCAGUGGAGAUCUGUUACGACAAUAUGCGUUUUCUGAUAACUCACAACCCCACCAACAAUACGAUGAACAAGUUCACAGAGGAACUUAAGAACUACGGAGUUACAACCUUAGUCAGAGUUUGUGAUGCCACGUAUGAUAAAACUCUAGUUGAAAAAAGUGGCAUCCGCGUUCUAGACCUGCCAUACGAUGAUGGAGCCCCACCUCCUGAUGAGAUAGUGGAUAAUUGGCUAGGCCUGCUAAAAAACAAAUUCCGUGAGGAGCCUGGGUCUUGUGUGGCAGUGCACUGUAUGGCUGGGCUAGGAAGGGCACCUGUGCUGGUGGCACUUGCUUUGAUUGAAUGUGGAAUGAAGAAUGAAGACGCAGUUCACUUUAUCCGGCAGAAACGACGGGGCGCCUUCAACACCAAACAGCUGCUUUUUUUGGAGCACUAUCGGCCCAAGAUGAGGGCCCGGUCACGGUCACGCUUUAGGGAUUCCACCGCGUACUGCUGCAUCCAGUAAGAUACAAGUUGAAGGCUUUCUCUACUAUGACAUUGUGAGGAAACUUUUUGUAUCUGAAAUGCACGUCUGAAAUCUUUCCUGUGCCAUCAACCAGUAGUGGAUUCAACUAAUUGGUGCUGAAGUAAACAAUGGAGAAAUCCUUCUACAAAAUGAAUUAAUUAAGAAAAAUUAGAAGGAAAAAAACUAGCACACAUUUCAGAGAAAAGGCAAAGAAAACCUGGAUCCUGACUCUCGCUCCUGCAUGCUAAAAGCACUCUUGUGUACACACCCAUCAUGUGCCGUGUUGUGACACAAUCAAGAGGCUUCACACGAGGCUGCAAGUUCACAUAAUCUUGGGCUUUCAUUCUCACAACUAUCAUUAAAAUAAAUCUCUUGAUAAAUCACCUAGCCUUGGACAUUUUAUUAUAACAGGAAA